GCAAAAAUAAUCAAGUCUUUUAUGUCGUCAUUGUCAUCAAUUUUUGAACAUCAUUUUCAGUAGCGGUGGCGUUGCAAACAAUUUCCUGACGUGCCGAGGCCGUUAGUUUCUUUUCCGUUCAGAGAUCCAAGAUGGCUCGCGGACCCAAAAAGCAUUUGAAGCGUUUAAACGCGCCAAAGGCAUGGAUGUUAGACAAGUUGGGAGGCGUUUACGCCCCACGUCCAUCUACUGGGCCUCACAAACUUCGCGAGUCUCUACCACUUGUAAUCUUCCUCCGUAACAGGUUGAAGUAUGCUUUGACCAAUUGCGAAGUCACGAAGAUUGUCAUGCAACGUCUUAUCAAGGUUGAUGGCAAGGUCCGUACUGACCCCAACUAUCCCGCUGGAUUCAUGGAUGUUGUAACCAUUGAAAAGACUGGUGAAUUCUUCCGUCUUAUUUAUGAUGUUAAGGGACGGUUCACUAUUCACCGAAUUUCUGCUGAAGAGGCCAAGUACAAAUUGUGCAAGGUCAAGCGUGUCCAGACAGGGCCAAAGGGUAUUCCCUUCCUUGUAACUCAUGAUGGAAGGACCAUCCGUUACCCUGACCCCUUGAUCAAGGUCAAUGACACUAUUCAGAUGGACAUUGCCACCAGCAAAAUUAUCGAUUCCAUUCGCUUUGAUUCUGGUAACUUGUGCAUGAUCACUGGAGGAAGGAAUUUGGGACGUGUAGGUACCGUUGUAAGUCGUGAACGUCAUCCAGGGUCCUUCGAUAUCUGUCACAUUAAGGAUUCACAGGGACACACUUUUGCCACCAGGCUGAACAAUGUUUUCAUCAUUGGUAAGGGAUCAAAGGCGUACGUGAGUUUGCCAAGAGGCAAGGGUGUUAAGCUCUCCAUUGCAGAAGAGCGUGACAAGAGGUUGGCGGCUAAGGGCGCAAACUAAUGUAAAUUUUACAAUGAAAAAUCGAAUAAACCAAGUAUUUCUUGGUGAAUCUUCGUAUCUA